UUCUAACAUUCUCACCAUUUUCCUCCAAAUCUCCGCCAUUGACGAUCAGCUCAGACCUUCGUUUUUUCGUCUAUUUAAGCAUAAACUGUAACAAUGACAGACGUAACUGAUGAUAUAGCAGAGGAAAUCUCGUUUCAAGGAUUUGAUGAUGAUUGUAGGUUGCUUCAAAGCCUUCUUAAUGAUGUUCUUCAUAGAGAAGUUGGUCCAAAAUUCAUGGAAAAAGUUGAACGAACUCGUGUCCUUGCUCAGGGUGCCUGUAACAUGAGAAUGGCGGGAAUUGAGGAUACGGCAGAGCUUCUUGAGAAACAACUGGCAUCAGAGUUGUCAAAAAUGACGUUAGAGGAGGCGCUUGAUCUUGCCCGUACGUUUAGCCAUUAUCUUAAUUUAAUGGGAAUUGCAGAAACACAUCAUAGAGUUCGCAAGACGCGAGGAGUAGCACAAUUGUCAAAAUCUUGUGAUGACAUUUUCAAUCACCUCUUACAGAGUGGUGUUCCCCCAGAUCAGCUUUAUGAUACUGUUUGCAAGCAGGCGGUUGAGAUUGUUCUCACUGCACAUCCCACACAAAUAAACCGCCGUACAUUACAAUACAAACACAUCAGAAUUGCACACCUUUUGGAAUAUAAUGACAGGCCUGACCUUGGGAUUGAAGACAGAGAGAUGCUGAUUGAAGAUCUGGUCAGAGAGAUGACAUCUAUAUGGCAAACAGAUGAGCUCAGGCGACACAAACCUACUCCAGUUGAUGAAGCUAGGGCUGGUUUACAUAUUGUGGAACAGACACUGUGGAAAGCUGUGCCCCAUUAUUUACAUCGAGUCAGCAAUGCUUUAAAAAAGCAUACUGGAAGGCCUCUACCAUUGACUUGCACGCCGAUAAGAUUUGGAUCUUGGAUGGGGGGCGAUCGAGAUGGAAAUCCAAAUGUCACAGCAAAGGUCACAAAAGAUGUCUCUCUUCUGUCCAGGUGGAUGGCUAUUGAUCUUUAUGUACGAGAAGUAGAUAGCCUAAGAUUUGAACUUUCCAUGACUCAAUGCAGUGAAAGAUUUGCAAGAUUGGCACAUGAAAUCUUAGAAAAAGGAAAUUCUUCUGACAAUCACUUUGAUUCGUGGAAUCACUCCUCAAAUUGGAGUCAAUCAAAACAUCAAGGACAACAUGCUCCUCCUUUCCCUACACAGCUUCCUACCAGAGCUGAUCUGCCCUCUUGCACAGCAUGCAGUGAUGUUGAGUCCCACUAUCCUAGACUGGCUCUUCCCGGGACAGGUGUCAUACCACUCAAAAAUCAGGAUGGUCGGACUACUUCAAAAGUGGGUCCCCUUGAUGGUGAUUCUAGUAAAAAUACUGAAAAGGCGUACGGAAAUGGAAAUAUAACACCACGGUCUGCUUCAUUAAGCUCUAGUCAGCUUCUCCAAAGGAAACUUUUUGCUGAGACCCAGGUCGGAAGGGCCAGCUUCCAAAAGCUAAUGGAACCAAGCUCAUCACAUAAACCUGGAAUUGCGCCUUAUAGAAUUGUCCUUGGGGAUGUAAAAGAAAAGCUCCUCAAGUCACGGAAGCGGCUGGAGCUUCUUCUUGAAGAUCUUCCAUGUGACCAUGAUCCUAUGGAUUAUUAUGAAACAUCAGACCAGCUUUUGGAACCACUGCUUUUGUGCUAUGACUCGCUGCAAUCAUGUGGGUCUGGGGUUCUAGCUGAUGGCCGGCUUGCUGACCUAAUCAGGCGGGUUUCUACAUUUGGGAUGGUCUUAAUGAAGCUUGACCUUCGUCAGGAAUCUGGUAGGCACUCUGAGGCACUUGAUGCAAUCACAAAAUACUUGGACAUGGGUACAUAUAGUGAGUGGGAUGAAGAACAAAAGCUGGACUUUCUGAUCAAAGAGCUAAAGGGGAAAAGGCCUUUGGUUCCUCCUACUAUAGAGGUUCCGCCUGAUGUCAAAGAAGUAUUAGACACGUUCAAAGUAGCAGCUGAAUUAGGAAGCGAUUCACUUGGAGCUUAUGUUAUUUCCAUGGCUUCAAAUGCCAGUGACGUCCUAGCCGUAGAGCUUUUACAGAAGGAUGCACGCCUUGCUGUUGCUGGGGAACUAGGCAGGCCUUGUCCUGGUGGAACACUGCGGGUGGUUCCUCUGUUUGAGACCGUGAAAGACUUGAGAGAAGCUGGCUCAGUGAUUAGAAGACUACUAUCAAUUGAUUGGUAUAGGGACCACGUCAUAAAGAACCACAAUGGGCAUCAGGAGGUUAUGGUUGGUUAUUCUGAUUCUGGAAAAGAUGCUGGCCGGUUCACUGCUGCGUGGGAGCUUUACAAAGCUCAAGAAGAUGUUGUAGCUGCAUGUAAUGAAUAUGGAAUAAAAAUCACUCUGUUCCAUGGACGCGGUGGAAGCAUUGGUCGUGGUGGUGGUCCUACAUACCUUGCAAUUCAAUCCCAGCCACCUGGCUCUGUUAUGGGUUCUCUUAGAUCUACCGAACAAGGAGAAAUGGUGCAGGCAAAAUUUGGAUUACCCCAAAUGGCUGUUCGGCAGCUAGAGAUAUACACUACAGCUGUUCUACUUGCUACUUUACGUCCCCCACAGCCUCCAAGGGAACAAAAAUGGCGUAAUCUGAUGGAUGACAUAUCAAAUUUGAGCUGCAGGAGUUAUAGAAGCACAGUAUAUGAAAACCCUGAGUUCCUUACUUACUUCAAUGAAGCAACACCUCAGGCUGAGCUAGGAUUUCUCAACAUUGGUAGCCGUCCAACAAGGAGAAAGAGUUCAGGUGGAAUCGGUCAACUCCGUGCAAUUCCAUGGAUAUUUGCAUGGACCCAAACAAGAUUUGUCCUCCCUGCAUGGCUUGGAGUUGGAGCAGGCUUGAAAGGUGUUUGUGACAAGGGACAUACGGAAGACUUACGAGCAAUGUACAGAGAAUGGCCCUUCUUCCAGUCCACUGUUGAUCUUAUAGAGAUGGUUUUAGGGAAAGCAGACAUUCCUAUAGCCAAGCAUUAUGAUGAUGUUCUAGUGUCUGAAUCACGAAGGGGACUCGGUGCAGAAAUGCGGAGGGAGCUCUUGACAACAGGAAACUAUGUCCUACAGGUUACUGGUCAUGAGAAGCUAUCAGCAAACAACCGUAGCUUGCGGAGGUUAAUCGAGAGCAGGCUUCCAUAUCUGAACCCAAUGAAUAUACUGCAGGUGGAGAUAUUAAAGAGGUUGAGACGCGAUGAAGAUAACCAUAAGCUUAGAGAUGCAUUGCUCAUUACUAUAAACGGUAUUGCAGCCGGGAUGAGGAACACUGGCUAAAGGCCAACAAGUUCAGGUAUGAUGUACACUUAUAAAUAAAAUGUAGAUGAAAUUAGAGCUUAUCCUUCUAUAACCUAUCAGUAGUUUUGAUUUUCUUCACGUACUUCUCUAUGGUAUAUUUUGUGAUUAAGCAUUUGAACGAUCAAACAUCGAAUGCAAUUUCCUUUCUUUUUGUUUA